AUGUCUUCCCAACGCACUCGCCAAGACACCGACGAGAUCGCCGAAACCCCCACCGGCUCCGUCGCAGCCCCCGGAAGCGACGUAGGCAACAACGAGACCCAGACCGACGACGAGAACCUCGGAGACAACUUCGGCCUGGCCGACGAGGAACUUCACGUCGUCAGCGAGAGCGCCGCCGAGGAAAUCACCGUGGCCGCCACUGAACACACUGGUGACCAGCAGGACACCACCAUGUUCGACGCCGACGAGGCUAACAAGGCCCACGAAGCCCACGCCGAACCUACCGAGACGGUCGAGGAAGACCAGCCUAAGAGGACCAGCAAGGGCAAGGCCAAGACCAGGGCCAAGAAGAGCAACCCCGAGCCAGUUGACGAAUCCAGCGAGGAGGAGGAGUCCGACGCCUCAGCCGUCGAGGCCACUCCCGCCCCCAAGGCUAAGAAGGCCAAGGCUGGCAAGAAGUCCGGCACCCCAAAGAAGAAGAAGCGUGCCGCUACCAAGGUCGAUAGCACCCAGGUCCGAGACGCUAAAAAGCGCGCCCAGGACGCGUUCGCCUUCUACCCGGACGAUAUGUUACUCGAGGAGAUCGAGGCUUGUCUCGACAACUUCACCGGCCCAGCCACCCCCUCCUCCAACCUGUUCAUUCGUCGCGUUCAGGACGCUUGCAAACGCGCCUACACCGCGUACAACAACAACGCCUCGUACACGGAACACUUGCCGUCCCGCGCCCAGGUUCUCGCAACCGUCUUUUACACUGGCGACGGUCAGGUCAACGGUACCAUCGCGGGCCACCUCAUUGCUGUUCACCGAGCCGACCUCCUCUCAGUUCCCCCGCUCGUGAAUAUCAGCUACAUGACCGCCACCGAUACAACCGCUCGCAAGCAACUCAAGAAUAUGGAAAAGGCGCUUCAGGCUUUCGAAGGUGACGUUCACGGAAUGAACGAGACGGUCACCAAGAAUGUGAAGAAAAUCGUUGACGGCGUCAACGAGGAGAUCAUCCCUCGCCUCAACGAACUCGACGAGAAAGCCCAGUCCACCGUCGACGUCGCAAGCGUCAACGAUCGCCUCAAAGCACUCGAAGCGACUGCUGCCAGCAAGGAAAUGAUCGCCGCAGAGGUCAACCGCGUCAUCGCCACCAAGGAUGACGAAAUUGCAGUCCUCCGCGGUAAGAUCGUGGAACUGCGCGAAGCUGUUGCCAAGUUGCAGAAGGGCGACAAGCGCGUCGCCACCGAGAACAUCGCAGGCCCGGCUAAGCAGAGCCGCUUUAGUAACAUGCUGGACCGCGAUUAG